AUGGCUGAUGGGCGAGAUGGAGAGGAAGUAGGAGAACCGGCUGCUCAGCAAAUCAACCUCAACCAAGUUCAAUUUGAGGCUAUGAUGGCUGAGAUAACUAGAAGAAUGCAAGCUAAUUACAACCAGAGGGGAGCUGCUGUUGGAGCUGAGAGAGCACGCAUAGGGCCUAGAAGGGGACCAGGAGUUGUAGUUGGAGGUCAUAGGAUCUAUGGUGAACAAGUUCAAGAGGAUUCAGCUGAUGAGAGUGAUAAUGAAUCUCAGGUUAGCCAACACAAUAGACACCAUAACCGCAGACGACCAGCAGCUGAUAAUCUAGGCAAUCUCAAACUGAGAAUACCUCCAUUCCAUGGCAAGAAUGAUCCAGAUGCCUAUUUGGAGUGGGAAAAGAAGAUAGAGUUGGUUUUCAAUUGCCAGCGGUUUACUAAGGAGAGGAAGGUCAGAUUAGCAGCCACUGAAUUUUGUGGUUAUGCUAUAAACUGGUGGGUGCAGAUUGCCACUACUAGGAGACGCAAUGGAGAGCCUCAGAUAGCUUCCUGGUUUGAGAUGAAGACUGUGAUGAAGAAGAGGUUUGUUCCUACUCACUAUGGGCGAGAUCUUCACCAGAAAUUGAGAAGGCUUUCUCAAGGAGCCAAGAGUGUAGAAGACUAUCACCAGGAGAUGGAGACACUCAUCUUGAAAGCUGACUUGAUUGAGGGUGCUAACGCAACUAUGGCUAGGUUCCAAGGAGGGUUAAACAGAGAUAUACAAGACAGAUUAGAGCUACAAGAGUAUGAGGACAUGGAUGAGCUAUUACACAAAGCUUUUCUGAUUGAGCAGGAAAACAAGAGGAAGAGUUCAGCCAAAACUCCAUACGGCUCUGCUGCAAAAUCAGUGUACUCCAAGAAUGAUAAGUCAUCUGAUAAGCCAAAGGAAGGAUCUUCAUCAGUGGAAGCAAGGCGAGAUGACAAGGGCAAAGAACCAGCAACAGCCACUAGGUCCAGGAAUGUCAGAUGCUUCAAGUGUCAUGGGAUUGGGCAUUAUGCCAAUGAUUGUACCAACAAGAAGGUGAUGAUAAUCCUAGCCAAUGGAGAUGUGGUUUCUGAAGAUGAAAAAUCCGACCAGGAGUCUGAGGAUGAGGGCGUGGAGUAUCCUGUCCGAGGAGUGUUGCUAGUCACCAGGAGACUCCUCAAUGCUCAACCUAAAGCCAAAAAGGAUGAGCAAAGAGAGAACCUGUUUCACACCAGAUGCUUAAUCCAUGACAAAGUUUGCAGCUUGAUCAUUGAUGGAGGAAGCUGUACCAAUGUAGCAAGUGAAGAAAUGGUGGAGAAAUUGGGUCUUGAGGUGUAUAAGCAUCCUAAGCCAUACCUCUUGCAAUGGCUCAAUGAAGAGGGAGGCCUAAAGAUCAAUAAGCAAGUGAAAGUCUUACUGUCAGUGGGGAGAUAUCAGGAUAAGAUCACUUGUGAUGUGGUGCCUCUUGAAGCUAGCCACAUUAUACUUGGUUGCCCUUGGCAGUUUGACAAGAGGGCAGUACAUGAUGGCUUCACCAACAGACACACCUUCACUCACAAGGAGAAGCAGAUCACGCUGGUAAGUAAGAUGAACCUCUUUGCUACUGUUAAAGAUAUCAAAACUGCUAUGCUUGAACAACCAAAUCUGAUAUUAGUAGUUUACAAGGAGUUGUUGAUGUCUUCUACUAACACUGACCCUCUGAUUCCAGAAGAGAUUGAGUGUCUUUUGCAGGAGUAUAGGGAUGUCUUUCAAGAGGAUAAUCCAGUUGGCUUACCACCGAUUAGAGGUAUUAAACAUCAAAUUGACUUUGUACCAGGAGCUUCCAUUCCAAACCGGCCAGCAUACAUGACAAACCCUGUUGAGACAAAGGAGCUCCAGAAACAAGUCAAUGAACUCUUGGAGAAAGGCCACAUCAGGGAAAGCUUGAGUCCUUGUGCUGUACAUGUGCUACUGGUGCCUAAGAAAGAUGGGAGCUGGCACAUGUGUGUGGACUUCAGAUCCAUCAACAACAUCACAGUUAAGUACAGACAUCCUAUCCCACGCUUAGAUGAUAUGCUAGAUGAGUUACAUGGUUCAUGUGUCUUUUCUAAAAUUGAUUUAAAGAGUAAUUACCACCAGAUUAGAAUGAAAGAAGGAGAUGAGUGGAAAACUGCUUUUAAAACUAAGCUAGGAUUGUGUGAAUGGCUUGUCAUGCCUUUUGGCCUUACUAAUGCACCUAGUACAUUCAUGAGGUUAAUGAACCAUGUCUUGAGAGCACUGAUAGGUCGAUUUGUUGUGGUGUAUUUUGAUGAUAUACUGAUUUAUAGCAAGACCAUGAAAGAACAUGUUGAUCAUUUGAGACAACUGUUAGAUGUGCUUAGGCAAGAGAAUCUGUAUGCUAACUUUAAGAAAUGA